UUCCUCCUCUUCCUCCUCCUCCUCCUCCUCCUCCUCCUCCAGCUCAGGUUGCAGCUUCUCUCGGGAGCCGCUCACCUUUCUAAAGAGAAGGAAGCGGCCCGGAGCCCGGCAGGGACCCCAGCGGGGCGUAGGGCGCAGGGCGCAGAGCGGAGGGCGCGGGGCUUAGGGCACGGCGCUCAGCCGCCGGGGCGCCGGGCCGCCAGGACGCGCGCGGUGAGUCCCGCGGGUGCGACGCGGCGGGCGGCGCCAGGAGGAGGUCGGAGCGAGGGGCACCGCGGCGCCCGGGCGCGGAGCAAAGGACACCCCUGACUGGCCCCUGCUGAUCAUGAACAAGAUGAAGAACUUUAAGCGGCGAUUCUCACUGUCUGUGCCCCGCACGGAGACCAUUGAGGAGUCUUUGGCCGAAUUCACGGAGCAGUUCAACCAGCUCCACAACCAGAGGAACGAGGACCUGCAGCUCGGUCCUCUUGGCAGAGACCCCCCGCUGGAGCCCAGCACCUUCUCCCCCACAGAUGGCGGGGAGGAGCCUGGGCGACUGUCCCCCAGCAUGCAGUACCGGCGACGGCAGAACCAGCGCCGCUUCUCCAUGGAGGACAUCAGCAAGAGGCUCUCUCUGCCCAUGGAUAUCCGCCUGCCUCGGGAGUUCCUGCAGAAGCUACAGCUAGAGAGUCCAGACCUGCCCAGGCCACUCAGCCGCAUGUCCCGCCGAGCCUCCCUGUCAGAUAUCGGCUUUGGGAAACUGGAAACAUACGUGAAGCUGGACAAGCUGGGGGAGGGCACCUAUGCCACAGUCUUCAAGGGGCGCAGCAAGCUGACAGAGAACCUGGUGGCCCUGAAGGAGAUCCGGCUGGAGCAUGAGGAGGGGGCGCCCUGCACUGCCAUCCGAGAGGUGUCGCUGCUGAAGAACCUGAAGCAUGCCAACAUCGUGACCCUGCAUGACCUCAUCCACACAGACCGGUCCCUCACGCUGGUGUUUGAGUACCUGGACAGUGACCUGAAGCAGUACUUGGACCACUGUGGAAACCUCAUGAGUAUGCACAAUGUCAAGAUUUUCAUGUUCCAGCUACUCCGGGGCCUGGCCUACUGCCACCGGCGCAAGAUCCUGCAUCGGGACCUGAAACCCCAGAACCUGCUCAUCAAUGAGAGGGGCGAACUGAAGCUGGCUGACUUUGGACUGGCCCGGGCCAAGUCAGUGCCCACAAAGACCUACUCCAAUGAAGUGGUGACCCUGUGGUACAGGCCUCCCGAUGUGCUGCUGGGGUCCACAGAGUACUCCACGCCCAUCGAUAUGUGGGGCGUGGGCUGCAUCCACUACGAGAUGGCCACAGGGAGGCCCCUCUUCCCGGGCUCCACAGUCAAGGAGGAGCUGCACCUCAUCUUUCGCCUCCUCGGGACCCCUACAGAAGAGACGUGGCCCGGCGUGACGGCGCUUCCAGAGUUCCGAGCCUACAACUUCCCCGGAUACCUGCCCCAGCCGCUGCUCAGCCACGCCCCCAGGUUGGAUACUGACGGCAUCAGCCUCCUGACCGGCCUCCUCUUGUACGAAUCCAAGAGUCGCACGUCGGCAGAGGCAGCCCUGAGUCACCCCUACUUCCGGUCUCUGGGAGAACAUGUGCACCAGCUUGAGGACACGGCCUCCAUCUUCUCCCUGAAGGAGAUCCAGCUCCAGAAGGACCCAGGGUACCGUGGCUUGGCCUUCCAGCAUCCAGGACGGGGAAAGAACCGGCGGCAGAGCAUCUUCUGAGCCGUGCCCCCUCUGCUGCGGUGUAAGGGACGUGAGGGCUCGUGAGACGCACGUUUCGGUAGGACGAGGCCUGUGUGGCCGUAGGAAGACCGAGGAGCAAGAGCUGGUGGCCAGCCUGGAAGGCUGUUGGCAGCCCUGCUGGGCGCAGCUGUCUCCUGUCCCUGCUCCCUACACCACCUCCCUGGUGGCCUGUGCCUGGACACCAACCCUCCGUCACCCCCUGUGGGGCUGGGAGUGCGCCGUUGCCUGGAGAGGAGGCUCAGACCCUCUCCCAGCCUGCAGUGCUUGGGUACAGGAAAAUCCAGGUGCCAUGCUGAGCUCUGGCCUGGUGUGGGCUCUGCCAUGCCUUCCCCAGGGCCUGCCCGCCUCUCUAGGCUGGCAGUCCUUCCUCUGCCCCCAGGAGCCUACACACAUUUCACCUCCUUCCUCUCUGAGAGCAAGAAGGGACGUGGCAUCUCGUGUGGGACUCAAGGGCACAUGUUCCCUGGAGCAGCAGAAGAAACAGUCAUCCUGUUUCCUCUCAUCCCCACCUUCUCCUCCUCCCUCCUCACCAGAGGCCACUUGUGCCCUUUGGGCCAAGGCUGAGCAGCGCGAGGAUGCCAGCUGCCCCUGGAGCUGGCCCGGGAACCCCUCCCGCCUCCCUGCCCGGAUGGAGUUGCCUUAACUUGGCAGGUGUAGAGUGCAUGCUGCCCUUGGAGCUCCGACCCAGCUCCUGCCAGUCCGCUUCCCAAGGACUGCUCUGCCUGUCUUAUCCCCAAGCACCGAUAAGUCAGGCCCCGGGCAGCAUCCUGAGAACGGCACCCAGAUAAUGCGGGGUCACCCUGACACUGGUGCCAGGCCAGCCUUGGCACCUUGGCACUGACAUGGCUCCCAGUCCCCUCCUCCCCGGCCCUGUGGUUCUGUCCUUGUGAUCCUGGCACCAGUGUGCUCAGAGGGUGCUCUUGAGAGGAGGCUGUGUGAACCCCUCGGCCCUAGGUAGAGAAAGUAGGAAGGGGGCAGAUUGGACUGUAAGAACCCUUGAAGAGGACCCCUCCUCCUCACCCUGUGUUCCCAAGGCCUCCUCAGCCUGACCGAGUCCUGAAGCAGAGGCUAAGGGGAGGCCAGGCCUGGUUUCCUCCAUAAGCCCCGCCCAGCAAUGCCCUCAGCCUGAGGAGCAGGGUGGGGGUGGAGGAUCCGGGCUCCCUCAGCCCCCCUGUCCUCCCCCACUGUACUGUGAAUGUCCUAUGACUCAGCACAAAGACAGAUAAUAUAUUUAAUUCAUGUCAUACAGGAAGGAGAGCACAGUCUGAUACAGAAAUUGUUACUGAUCUAUGCCAAAGAUGGAGAACCAAAGGCCCCUCCAGGCCCAAUGAGUGUGGCUAGGCUUGGCUUAUAUACACAUAUACACCAAGGGUGUUGGUCCUUGUGCAUCUGUGAGCCCGCCCUGGGCUGCGGGAGGCCCUCCGGCCUUCCCUGCUGCCUUCAGGACCAAAUGUGAAUUCUGCCUGGUGCCUAUAGGCUGGGGCUAACCAGGACCUCACCAGACAGUCCCAGGGAAGUGGGUGCCUGGGCUCUGGCUGCCGUCCUGGGCCCUGAACUCCCAAUGCUUCGCUUGUCGGGAGGGAGGCUCAAGAGAGGAGUGGACUUGGGGUGGGCGAGGCCAAGGCAGCAGAAGGGCUGUGAACGCCACGAUAAUUCAGACCCCAAAGUAAGUGCCGUGGAGCUUGAACCCACCUCCUGCUGCUGCGCAUAGUGCCUCGUCCCUGGACUUGUCCCGUCAUACACAGGGCUUGCUGCCCUCGGAGUCCUGCUGUCUUCCAGUUCCAUGUCUAGCUCUGUUCUCCCAAGACCACUCUGAAAUGCCGGGCCCUAAUCAUACCUCCUGACCUCCCCUGACCUGGCACCAGUCAGACCUUGCGCCCUCUGAUUUGCGGGUGUGCUUGAGGGGGUGGCUGCUUUGCAGAGGAGAGCCCAGGGCCCAGCAGUCAGUGAUCCCCACCCCAGGCCAUGGAAAGAAGGGGUGCACCAGGUCCAGUACCCACUAGACCCCUUCAGCAGAUUGUGGGACCAUGGCUUGGCGUAUUUCGUGGGGAUCUGAAUGGGUCUUUAAGCUGAACUUGAGGUCCACUAGAAGGAGCCUAUAUUUUUUAAGCUCUCCUCCCUGUGCCAGGCGCUGGUCUCAUUGAAUCUGCACAAGAACCCCUUUCUCCCCCAUUCUCGUAUCCUCAUACGUACAGUGGGUCCUCAGGGAUUGAGUGACUUGCCCCAGGAUGCAUAGCAACUUAGAGUCCCCAGCCCUUGUCUUCAAGGAGGGGAGCUGUAGACAGCACAGAGGCCCAGGAGAUAAGAAGCAACUCUAGGAAGGGCCUGGGCAGACUCUGUUUUGCUGGAGCCCUGUAGAGGCCACCAUAAAUCACAGGCAUUGAGUUGCCUCUGGGCCUAGGAGAUAAAUCCCACUGGACAGGCUCACCUUAGACCGUGGGUGUAAGUAGAGAUGGGGACUCCAGAAGAGGGAGCGGAUUCCGGAGCAAAGAUUGGGUAUGAGCUGCCAGGGCUGGUGGGCUGCAGGAGCUGACCCUAGGCUCCUCAGGGACCAGGCUGAAAUACAACGCAGCUCCACGUCCUGGAGUCCUCGGUGUCCUGCGCACCUGCUAGUCAUUUCUGGAUGCCACAUGGCCCUUACAAACAGCAGCCUGGCGUUCCACCAGAGUCCUGAGCCACUGACCUUCUGGCCUCACUAGCUCUCUGCUCCUGGGAUGGGUCAGGAAUGCCUGAGGCCCGGACUAGCCUUCUCUUUGCUAUACCCUACUUGGCAAGGGCAUGUGUGGUUUGCAGUGGUCCUGCAGCUGCUGACGAAAGGUCCUAUGUGAUGACUGCUUCGAGGUAGAGGUGAUACCAGCUCCCACCCUGGUGUAACCUGGCGCUGGAUCUCCCCUGCCCCAGGGGGAGGGGGUGUCCCAGGCAGAAAGUUUAGGGCUGAUGCUGAAUGAGCCUGGGCCACCACGCACUGUCGCUGUGGCGAGACCUGCCCCUUCCUUCCUUUCUGAGCAACUCAGCCCGCAUAGGCCCAUCCUGCCCCACCUUUGCUGAGACCCUUGCUUCCACGUGCAGCACUCCAAGCACCCCUCUGAGCCCUCUGUCUCCGGAGCAAGUCCCCAGCUGGGCCCUGUGCUGGGCCCCAGGACAUGGGGCACACAGCACUCCAGCCCUGUCCAAGCUGCACGGAGGCCACAGCAGCGAGGAAGUUGGUCAGGUCCCUUCCCAGGCACAGCCCACAGUCCAGGGGGAACAAAGGCACCCCCCGGAUCCACACAAGGCAGGCACAUCAGGGUGUCUGCGGUGCAAGAAUCAAGGGAUGGGAGAUGUGAGGGUGUAGGGUGGGGAGCUAAUGUACCAGCUGAGGUGCGGUCAGAGGCCUCUGGCAGGGUCUGGGGGAGCCAUGGCUUCUGAGGGAGGGAACCAGAACAUCCCUGAAAGGGCCAGAAGGGAAUGCGCUUGAAGAAAAGCAAAAGACAGUGAGGCCAAAGCACAGCAGGCUGGGAAGGGCGGCAGGAAGGCUGAACCCCGCGCAUGUGCCUGUCAGCCCCAGCUGGGCUCACUAGGACCAAUUGCUGCCUGGCUCCAGCUCAGAUGACUUCCUGCAGAUUUCCUUUUCCUUCUUUCUUUUUCCACACUGGGAUUGUGCCCUGCCUCCUCCCCUUUUAAAAUAAGGUCUGCUAAGUUUCCAGACUGGGUUCAAACUUGUGAUCUUCCUGCCUCCGCCUCCGUGGGUGCUGGCAUUUCAGGUGUGUGCCGCCAUGUGCAGCUACCAUCAGACUCUUAAUGGUGAGGUCAGGGAUCAGUUUUUAUACACACACCCUCAACCUGAAGGGUGGGAGCUUAGUGCAGUGGUAGCAUACUUACCUAGCAUGCACAGGCCUGGGUUUGAGCCCCAGCACCCUAAAUAUAC